GCGUUUUCUUAAUGUCAGAGACAUAUGACGGGUGUGGUGAGAGACACAGAAACAGAUAGAGGCGACAGAGAGGUACUAAAGAGAGGGAGAGAGGGAGGAAUAGAGGAUUGGUCCAAACAAACCAGUGUUGUUGCUUCACGUCGAGGAGCUGACCAUCUUUUAUUAUAACAGCAAUCUGACCAUCAACACUAAGAGAACCAUUUGGACCCUCUGACCUUCAGUGACCUACAGUGAUUUUGCCGUGUGUGAAUGCACGUGUGUGUGGAUUGGGAUAACACUGACAGCUCUAGCUUCUCUGAAAACCAACAUUAACUAGUUGCUAAGCUCUAAGGGACUGAGAUGGCGGCAGGCCCCAAGAUUGAACUUUUCAUCAAGGCCAGUGAUGAUGGGGAGAGUGUGGGGAACUGUCCCUUCUGUCAGCGACUCUUUAUGAUCCUCUGGCUGAAGGGGGCCAACUUCACCCUCACCACAGUGGACAUGAAGAGGGCUCCAGAGGUGCUGAAGGACCUGGCCCCAGGUUCUCAGCCCCCGUUCCUCAUCUUCGGGGAGGAGGUGCGGACUGACACCAACAAGAUCGAGGAGUUUCUAGAGGUGGCCCUGGCUCCCCCACAGUACCCCAAGCUCUGCUGUCGCUACAAGGAGUCCAAUGGUGCUGGAGACGACAUCUUCCACAAGUUCUCAGCAUACAUCAAGAACUCUAACCCUGGGCUCAAUGAUAUGCUGGAGAAGAAGUUUCUGAAGAGCCUGAUGAAGUUGGAUCAUUACCUGCUGACGCCACUCCCACAUGAGCUGGACCAGAACUCAAACGCCCGCAUGUCCUCACGGCACUAUCUGGACGGGAACUCCCUCAGUCUAGCUGACUGCAACCUGCUGCCCAAGCUCAACAUAGUCAAGGUGGUGUGUAGGAAGUACCGUGACUUUGAAAUCCCUGCGGCUCUGACUGGUCUGACCCGCUACCUGACCAAGGCCUACCAGCAGGACGAGUUCCGCUAUACCUGCCCCAAGGACACCGAGAUCCUACUGGCCUACCACUCAGUGGCCAAGUACCUCAACAAGUAGAUCAGGAGAGAAGGAGGGGGAGAGAAAGAGAAUAGAGAGGGAGGGCAGACAGGGUAAAAGAGGAAUUGAAAAAGGUGUGUUAGAAAAGAGAAUAAAUAUAAAAAAGGGGAAAGGAGGGCUAUGAAGCGAUGAGGACCAGAACAAUAAGCCUGCUGCCUGUGCUGCAGAACAAGGCAUUUCUGUCUUCUGUCAGUAACAUAUGUAUGUAUAACGCUGUGUGUGCAGGGUGAAAGUCUGCUUAUACUUUAUAUGUACUAUUACAAUGUGUAAUAUAUAAAUAAUAUAUGCCAUUUAGCUGAAGCUUUUAGCCGAAGCUUUUAUCCAAAGCGACUUACAGUCUUGCGUGCAUAUUUUCUUUUGAUAUGGGUGGUCCCGGGAAUACCCUGGCAUUGCAAGCACCAUGCUCUACCAACUGAGCCUGAGAGGACCGUAUGUGUACAAUACAAUUGUGUGCUGCCUGAUUAGUUUAUGUAGAUAUUUGCAUUCUUUGAGUUAUGGUCAACAGUUCAAAUGUUAUGUUUAAUAACCUUUCAAUGUAUGUUAUGCUUUAAAAACCUAGCAAUGUGCAUACUUUGUCUGGCAAUUGAGAGACAGCACUAUGUCAAAUGCAACGUCAACAAAGAUAAAUGUGGUACAAUUGUGUGUGGGUUGAUAGGUUUAGCAUUUAAUGAGAUGUGCUAUAUUGAAAUUACUAUCACAUCUAGUAGGCCCAGAGCAAUACUAGUCUGAGUAGACUAAUUUAAUUUGUUUAUUUUAAAGUGUUUGGAUUGCCAGAGGCAAACAGUACAAAUCUAAUAAAGUUCACGAAACUG